AUGAAAAUUUUGAUAGUUCUUACACUCGCAGUAGCGGUCCAGGCCCAGAGCUUCAUCCCCCAAGACACCCCAGCUGUCGCCACCGCCAAAGCCGCCCACUACGCUGAGUAUGCUAAAGCAGCCGCCCGUGUAGGAGCUCCUCUCCCAGAAGUGUACAGGACUGUCGUCUACAUCCCUCCCUCCUUCGCCCCCACCCCCGUCGUCACUCCUGAGGGCUUCAUAACCGACACCCCAGAGGUCGCCGCCGCUAAGGCCGCCCAUCUAGCUGAGGUCGCUAGAGCCACGGCCGCCGCCCCCGCCGCUGCCCCCGCUGCUUACCCGUAUGCAGAUUAUUACCGCGCCUACUACAACUACUACUACCCCAGUCUCACACGCUCCAUCUACUCAGGUCACCAGGCCGUGCCCACCGUGCUGCCUAGUGGAUACCUCGCUGACACCCCCGAGGUGGCCCACGCCAAGAUCACCCACCUCUACAAGCUCUACCAGGAGUCCGCACGUGAUGGGAAGAAGUAUAAAGAAGCUGCUGGUGCUUGGCUAAGAAGUGGUGAGUCGGGAGUUCAAGGCACUCGUCUAGGCAGAGCUGCUCUUCAAAACACUACAAUGGACAAGAUAGUGAUUGUAACCCUUGCACUGUUGUCAACUAUUGAGGGAGCUUUCAUCCCCGGUGACACCCCCGAGGUGGCCCUAGCCAAGGUAGCUCACUUUGCCGAACAUAUCAAGGAGGCGGCAAGGGCUGCUGGGCAUCAGCCUGCCCCGACCUACUACGUGUCUGUUGAGGAGAAUGGUGGAUAUGCCAACGCUAGAAUGCCGGUUACUUACAUCACAGACCCUGCUUCAAGAAUGCCUGUGGCUUACGCCUCAGCUCCUGCAGCUGUUACUUACGUUCCGGCAUCUGAAGCCGCUGCAAGAAUACCUGUUACCUACAUUUCAGCUCCUACAUAUGCUUCCUACGCCCCCACUUCAGAAGCGGCAACAAGGAUGCCUGUAUCGUACAUAUCUGGAAUGCCAGUAAUAUACGCUCCAGCUCCUGUAGCAGCUGCCACUAAGAUGCCAGCUCCGAUGAUGCCAGCUCUGAUGAUGCCGAUGAUGCAUCAGGCUGACAUGCACGAUCACGCUAGAGCCGCGGCCGCAGCAGCAGCAAUGGGUUCAGCAGCGUCUGCAGCUGGAGCAGGGUUCCCAUAUGUUGACUUCUAUAAGUCCUUGGCCGACUACUAUGCUUCCACUUCCAAUCACCCUAUGAGCUCUUCGAUGAUCCUUGCCCUCGCCGCCGCGGUUCACGCGCAGUCCUUCCUCCCCCAGGACUCUCCAGACGUGGCUGCUGCUAAGGCCGCUCACUUCGCCGAGUAUGCCAAAGCCGCCGCGCUGGUAGGAGCUCCUCUGCAGGAAGUCUACAGGACGGCUGUGUCUUCUCCAUUUGCUUCCUUUGCCCUACCGACUGUCACCCCCCAGGGCUUCCUCGUCGACACCCCCGAGGUCGCUGCUGCUAAAGUCGCCCAUUUCGCCGAGGUAGCCCGAGCCACUGCUGCCGCGGCCCCCGCUAUCACUCGCUUCAACGAUGACCCCAACGCUGAGUACUACCGCAAGUACUACGAAAACUACUACCGCACCCACGCUCAGCAACCUCACCAAACCCAGCAUGUGUACACAGGCCCCCAGGCUGUGCCUACUGUGCUGCCCAGUGGAUACCUCGCUGACACCCCUGAGGUCGCACACGCCAGAGCCACUCAUCUUUACAGACUCUACCAGGAGUCUACCCGACACUGGGAGGGAUGCCAAAAGGUUCCAAACCAUCCGAAGGGCCUUGACACUCAGGUUACGUGUCACUGCUUCAUCCUAGUGGCGGCCACCUCGGAGGUGUAUGAACCCCUCUGGAGUCACUACGGGCACCUCGAUAGAGAGAAGACCGCAGGGGCGGUAGAGGUUCUGGGUAGUCUUGCCAAGAGAGGCCAGCCAAUACUGCUGUUGGUGGCCGCCGUUGCCAAGGCCCAGCCCUACGUUCCCCAGGACACUCCCGAGGUGGCCGCUGCCAAAGCCGCCCACUUGGCCGAACUAGCCAAGGCAGGACUGGCCGCCGGGGUUCUCUUCUAUCCCCGGGGUUACGUGUCCUUCGGCGUUCCCGUCGUAAACCCUGACGGCUUCAUAGCAGACACUCCAGAGGUAGCUGCCGCGAAGGCAGCCCAUCUGGCCGCCGUCGAUGCCGCCCGAGCUGCCGCUUCCGCACAAGCCCCUGCCACAAACUCCUACUAUUACAACUCAUACAGAUAUCCUGGACAAAUAUACAGGUAUGCUGCUCCUAAGCCAACCUACUACUAUUAUUCCUCUUCCACUCCCAACGCAAACCCGGCUUACGCUGCUACCUAUGCUGCCGCCCCCGCUGCCGCCCCCGCUGCAACUACUGCUGCCGCCCCUGUUGUCAUUACUCCAGACGGCAUCGUUGCAGACACUCCAGAAGUGUACGCGGCUAAGAUGGCACACUUCAAAGCUCAUGUGGACCGUAUUAUGGGAAUCUCAUAA